AUGUCACUGUGCGGCGGCCGCGGGCUGCCCGGGCUGGCGGCCAUCUCCCCGCUGCCCUCGCCCGGCACAGCCCCUCUCACGCCGCUGGACAAGGGUGACCCGGCGGGCCCCGCCAGGCACCGGGACACCCCGAAGCGGGGCCACGGGGGGCUGCCCCUGCCGCGGCUGUGGCACACGCUGUCCCCGCAGCCGGUGGCCUCGGACUGUCGCCGCGACUCGGUCUCUUGCCAGUCCCCGGAUGCAGGACUGGAGCCAGACUUCCCCACGCAGCAGAAGCCCGCGGCCGCACAGGAAGACCUCCAGAGAACGAUGCCGGCGUUCGGGAGAGCUCUCAAAGAAGCUUGGAGGUGGUUUUGCCCCAGGUCCCUUUGGGGAGCUGUGACAGCCCCGGGGAGGUCUCACCCCACCCUGAGGAUGUGGGGGACAGAGGUGACAAUGGCAGAGGGGUGGGACUCAGCGGCCCAGGCCACCUGCUGUCAUUUGAUCCUUUCCUCUGCCGGCUCUUGCAGCAGGAAGCUCCUUCGGCAGAGGAUGCACUCGUUGCCGCCGUGGCAGCGGGAUGGCAGCCGUGUCCUGAAGGACAUCUCGCAGCUGCAGGAGCGCAGGGACAGAGCGCGGCGGCGCCGGAGGGAGCCCGAGGAUGAGGAGGGCUUUGUCGCCAAGAAGCUGCAGAGGCCGGGCCAGCGGAGCCAUGGGGCCGCCAGGAGGGAGCCCCUUGCCAAGAGCCCCUGGGCCGCAUCAGAGCUGCUGUCUCCCCAGCUGCUGCCCUGGCAGAACGAUGCCACCGUGCCCCAGGAGAAGGAGAACCUGGUGACCACGCCAGUGAUGAGGAAGGAGGAGGCAAAGCUGCGUCCGGGGAAGCGCAGCCAGUGCCGGCAGCUGUCCCGCUCGCCCUCGGAGCCGGGCAGUGUCCCCAGGCCCGUCCUGAAGCGGGGACAGCUCUCGGACAGCGACAGCCCUGUCGAGGCCAAGCGGCAGAGGAGGGUGGCCGGCAGCCCUGGCCAGGAGGCGUCGGUGGAGCCGGCAGCGUGGCUGGAGCCUUCCCGGUCCGCCCGGCUUGAGGAGAUCGAGAACCUGCUGGCCAACGAUGACCAGGAGCUCAUCGGGGACUUCUCCAAGCCUCACCUCCUGCCGACGGUGGAGGGCAAGGACCCGGGCCUGAAGUACAUCUCCCCUGAGACGCUGGCGGCGGUGCUGACGGGGCACUUCAGCAGCUGCAUCGAGAGCAGCAUCGUCGCGGACUGCCGCUAUCCCUACGAGUACGAGGGCGGCCACGUCAAGGGCGCUGUCAACCUGCCGCUGCAGCGGGACGUGGAGGAAUUGCUGCUGGAGCAGCCCAUCGUGCCCCUGGACGCCAGCAAGAGGGUGAUCGUCAUCUUCCACUGCGAGUUCUCUGUUGAGCGGGGGCCCAAAAUGUGCAAGUUCCUGCGGGAGAGGGAUCGCUGCUGCCACGAGUACCCCCAGCUGCACUACCCCGAGCUGUACGUGCUGAAGGGCGGCUACCGGGAGUUCUUCUUUCAGUUCCCGAGCCACUGCGAGCCCCGGGACUAUCGGCCCAUGCGGCACGCCGCGUUCAAGGAGGAGCUGCGCAAGUUCCGCGGGCAGAGGCGGCUCCGCGAGCGCGGCCGGCGGGCGCUCUUCAGCCGCGGGCGGGACCUGUGAGCGCCCGGGGGUCUCUCAGCCCCGUCGGGGCAGCGCUGGAGCUGGGAACGGAGGAAGGCUUCCCUUGGCUGCGGAUGCGCCUCGGCUGCUCGGUCGGGUUUGUCGGGAUGGCUUUGGGGUGGUAGUUCAUGUUCAGAGUGGUUUUGCGUUUGUUCGUUGCAAAUAUUUUUGUGUUUGUUUGUUGUUAUAAAUAUUUUUGUGUUUGUUUGUUGUUCUAAAUAUUUUUUGUGUUUGUUUCCUGUUAAGAAUAGUUUUGUGUUCGUUGUUAUCAAUGUUUCUGAGUUUGUCCGUUGUUAGGAUUGUUUGCUGCAGUCUCUGUUAAUAAAGUCCUAUUGCAGGAGAA